GCAUAAUAUGAUUUGUAAUAUAAAUUACUAGGUGUGCAGAACGUAGUGCACAGUACGUACACGCUUAGGCAUGAAAAAAAAAAAAAUAAAUAGUUAAAAAUAAUAUUAUUCAUUGUUAUUAUUACUAUGACGUAUUUGAUAUAUCUCCGGUCUGUUGUUGGCUGCUCGGACAUUUUGGCCAUCAAUGGAAAACAUUCUGGAAUCCUGUGAUAACGUCAUUCCAACAAUAAACUGAUAUAGUGAUAUCAAAAUGGUAAACAAUCGCAAAUGUAAUAACUUUUUUUUUUUUUGCACAGAAUGACAUAGUAUUUGUUGACACCGAGACGCCUUAAAGAAUUGUAAUUCGGAAAAAUAUGUAAAUUCGUUUAGGUAAUUGUUUGUGUUACCGUUAAAAUUGUUCGAUUUAGGUAGUGUUCUGUUUUAAAUUCUUUGUUAUCCGCGUUAUGGGAUUUUGCCUUCUGAAUGGACACUUUUAAUUGGCGAGUAUAAUUUUAAUAAUCAUUGAAAACAUUGUACUUUUACAAUAUUAUUUAUGUGUAAGGCAACAGUAAAUUUUAUUUCAUGAAUAUUGUAUUUUGUUGUUUAGGUAUCGGGAGAGAACUUCCUCACCCCAACAAUCCAAACCACAGGGUUCAUGUGACUUGACAAAUUUACAGUUGAGAUUUUUGUGCCCACAAGACAUUAAUGAGGUAGGUAAUAAGUUUGUUUAAUUGAGUACCUAAUCAAAUUUCAUCGUCUGUAGAGGUAUAUACUCUUAAACUAAACAAACUGUCACAUUGCAGUGAUUAUAAAUAAGGAUACAUAUAUUUUAAUGUGGUGAUCUGAGACUUGCCGUUUCUAACCAGAGAUGUUGGCAUUUUCAAAACAUACAUUCAUUAUUACUAAUUACCGUGACAAUAUAAAUAUAUAAUUAUUAAUUUUUGAAAUUACGCUAUUCAAGUGUGUAAUUAUUAAUAGUUGUACUCAUAUAUCUACUUAUGUAUGUAUUUAAUAAACAUAAUAUAUGUUUAAAUGUUUAAUUGUGAUUUAAAUUAUGCAUUUAGGUAUACCUAUAUAAUGUGUUGCGUUAAUUUGUUUUUGUUAGGAUUCGUUUUUUACUAGGCUACCAAUGUCUACAGUAAAAACGUGAUGUUUUUAUUUCGUGUUAUACCUGUAUUGAUACUGUUUUUGUUUGGGAGGGAACUUGAUACUAAUUAAAUAUCUAUGUAUUAGGUAAAUAAUAUGUAGGUACAUUUUGAAGUGAUAAAUAUUAAAUACAUUUUUUUUUUUUUUUUUUAUGUAAAAUAAAAGGUUUUGGAGAAGAUUUAUACAUAGUACCCUUGUGACUAACAUAGGUAUGUUUCAUAAUUAAACAUUAUUCAGUAUUUUUUCCGUACAUUCAUUUUUGUAUUACAAAUUAUUAACCAUUUUUAGUAUCAUUAGAAGGCCCACACAACUUUGAACAAUUGUGUCUAAUAAGUUGUUCCGGUUUAUCAUUUUUCUUUUUAUUAAUCAGCUGUUCAAAUGUAUUGUUUAAAUAUUAUAGGUACCUAUUACAUGGUCAUAAACUCAUAAUAAUAUGAACAAUUAACUUUGAGAAGUUGGUAAAAAUUAAUAAAUAAUUAGUCAAAUGUUAAAGUUAAAAAUUUAUUUAGUAAUUAUGUUUAAUUUUUGAAUAUUGUGGAACUAAUAAUGCAUUGUAGUGAACUUGUUUAUUUUUUACUUGUUAGCGUUUACUUUUAAACUUCAUAGAUAAUUUAUUUAAAGCGACAUUGAAUAUCAAUUCAAUUAAUUUUAUUUUAGGUUAACACUUUGUGUGUGGAUUGUUUUCCUGUUGAAUAUCCUAGAUCGUGGUAUGAAGAUAUCACAUCAAAUCCAAAGUUUUAUUCUUUGGCUGCAAUUCAUAAAUCUGCCAUAGUCGGCAUCAUAGUAGCUGAAAUAAAACUGUACAUAAAGUUAUCUCCUAAGGUAAAAUGCUAAAAAAUUCUUGCUUUUUCAUCAUCUUAUAUUAAAUUUGAGAGCUAUGGCAAUAAAAAAAAUGAAUAAUUAAUAAUUUUAUUUCGCUAACUAAAAAUCAAACUGUAACUAAUAUUAUUGAUCUAUAAAUUAUAUUUUUAGGAAAGAGAAGUCGUUUCACCGUCUGCUGGAAAAUUUACCCAAGUUGGAUAUAUUUUGAGUUUAGGUGUCAUUAAAUCGUACAGGCGAAGUGGUAUUGCAUCUUUAUUGUUGGACAAUCUUGUUUCACAUUUAUCGUCCUUGGAAUCCCACAAUUGUAAGGCGAUAUUUUUGCAUGUACUUUCUAGUAACUCAUCAGCAAUUUCCUUUUACGAGAGAAAAAAUUUUAGGUAAAUCUAACAAUUUUUAUUAUUUACAUUAUAUUUUAUAAUUAAAUUAAAAACUAUAACAUGUUAAUUUUUAUAGACUCCAUUCAUUUCAUCCGUACUAUUAUAUGAUCAAUGGAAUAAACAAAGAUGGAUUUGUUUAUGUGUUAUACAUAAAUGGUGGACACCAACAAUGGAAGAUAACAUAUCCUUUUAAAAAAAAAAAUUAUUAUUCAAUGUUCUUUCUGUGUUUAAGAAAAAACUCGUGUAAGCAUAACUUAUUUAGUCCUUAUUAACAGGCAACACUCAUUACAUUUGUUGAACUUAGUAAAACCAUUUAGGUUUAAUCAAAACUUAUAAUCUGAGUUAUUUAUUUUUUUGUUGGCAUACUAGGAACUGGUUUUGUAGUAUAACUUGUUUUUAAAAACUUUAAUCCUAAAUGACCAAACUUACAUUCUAUUUUUUUUCUUAAAGUGCUAGCUUUAAGUGAGAAAAAUUUACUUAGUAUCUGCUAAAGUUGUGUGCUAAAAGAUGUUUUCUCAUCAAAAUUAUAUUAAUUAUGUACCCAAUUAUUUACAAUUUUUUCCUUAACUGUGUUAUGAUUACUGAUGUUUUGAACUAUUUGUAUACUGCCAUUUGUGAAUUGGGCGUUGUGAGAUGGACAAUCAGCAAAGCCCGAAAAACAGCAAGACGUUUUUGGCCAAGGAUAAGACGAAUCGCAACACAAAACACCAGUACUAUAAUGAUUGAUUGUAGCUGAGGUACUUUAAUUAAUUGUGAUCUAUAUUUUUUAUCUAAUUUAUUCUGCCAUUAAAUUAAUGUCUUUGAUAUACAUUUACAUUUUAUUUAAUUAAUCAAUUAUAUAAUAUAAUAAUGUUUUUUCAUUUUUAAGCUUUAAUUACUAAUGAAUUAAAUAUUAAUGGAACAUAAAAUUCCAUGAAUAAAAACUAUUAAUUUUUAACAUAGUAUGACAUUAAUUUAUCAUAUUGAAUAAAUGUGAUUUCAUUAAUUUACAAUCGGACAAACAAUUGAACGCAAUAAUAUUAUAAUAACCAGUGAACAAAUACUUUAAUAUUUUUAUUGCAAUUAUUAUAUUUCUUGAAUAAUUUAAAAUCUAUUACAGUUAUUUUUUUUCACAUUGAGGAAAAAAAAUGUUUGCCUACAAAUUUUAAACAAUUUAUAUUGUAUUUAUUGUAACUUUAUUUCUACUCGUGUCAAAACUAUACUCAGCAAUUUUUUUUUUUCAGAAUUGUAUUUAACAAUUUUCUUCAUUUUGUAUAUUUGUAACUACUAAACAAAUAAUAUUAUUUUGUUACAUCGAUAACAAGGUGUUUAGUGAAUUAUAAAUAGAUGUUAUUUUUACAAUCUCAAAAAUAAAAAAAAAAAGAACAAUGUGUUCCUUUUUUUUUUAGACAUUUCUAGUCAUUUCAUAUGAUGCCUAAGACACAAAACAAAUGUACCUUUUUUUUUUUAGCUUUAUGCUUGCGAAAUAAUCAUAAUUUUUUCUAUUGUUAUUCAUAUAUUAAUAGGAACGUUUUUUUUUAAAAUUCAUUUUGAUUAACUAUUAAUUAUUAUUUAUUUUAAUUUAUAAUUUUUGCCUUGUGUACAUUCAUAGGUAUGUUAAUUUUUUUCUCUUUAAUAUUAUGUUUUGUUUAAUGUUUAACUUAUUUAUGUUAUUUUAUUUUAUAGUUUAAAGUAAACAGUUUUUGUUUUGUUAGGAUGUUUUAAUAAGGAUCUAUUUUUUUAUUAUUAUUAAUGUAGUACUUUUUUUUUUCUUGUUACUUAUAUUUUAUUAAUAUAAUAUCUUCUUGAACAUAUAAUAACCAGUUUUCAAAUUUAACUAUUUAUACAUGACUUUGAAUUUUUAUUACAUUAUUAUUAAUAAAUUUCAGAUAUAUCUGAAUUAAACUUUAAAAAUGUUGCUAUUUUUAUACUAUUCUUAGAUUUUAUUAUUAUAAUAUAUUAUGAUGUAAUGAAUUAACAUAUUAAGUAAUAAAAAUUAUAAAGCUAUCUAAGCAAAUUUAUAACCAUAUAAUUAAUAAGGUUUUAAAAUUAUGUGUUAUAAAAUUACUUAUAAACUGUAUUGUGGCAGGAACUUUUUGUUUUGGAAGACAUGUAAAAACAUGCAAAAAUUGUAACAAUUCUAAACAGACACGAGAAGACUGACAUAUACAUUGUCAGGAGAUGAAUGGUUAUGUCAUAAUACUUCUAUGAUCCUUAUCAUAUACUAAAAAAUGUUUCAAACAUCUGGUGUAAUGCCCAUUAACAAUGUAUGGAAAUUGAAAUAGAUUACAUAACAUGCAAUAAUUGUAUGUCCAUUAAACCUUACAUAAUUUAUUGUUAUUAGAUACCUAUUUAUAAUAAUCAAAGUGUCC